CGGCCGGGCGCUGCGCAUGCAAAAAUAACGACAGUCGCUAAGAUUGACAGAAAAAAGUAGUAGGUGUCCUAGAUAUGUUGUGAAAUAACUGGCAGCAUUGCUUGCCACCCCGGUCGACGCAAUGCCACUUCAUGGACUCAUCGUCCCCGAUACUUUCGCGCUGACGAUGUAUUUUGACCUUGUAGAUCGAGUCCUAGCGAUUGCCUAUUAAUUCAUCUAGUCGAGGUUAUCGGUGUUCUGUCACCGGAAGCGGUCAACCUUCCCCCUUAGCCCCUUAUCGGGGUCAUUAUGAUACAGGAUUCACUUAGCUCAUGACUUCAGGUCCAGCCAUUGUUGACCACCAGACUAUAUAAAUCCUGGGCCCGGCAAAUAUGGAACGCUGAACCCUUGUCCUUUCCCAAUUGUCAAACCCCUUUCUCAAAAAGCUCUCCUGUGUUGCGGAGAUGGUCCAAUCUAAGCUUUUCGCUAUUCUUCCUCUCCUUCUCGUGGCACACGCUCAGUCACCCACGUAUACUGCUACUUAUGUGCCUUCUGAUGCACCCUAUCAGAGUGAGCAGGGUCAGACAGGGACGAACCAAUGUGGAACUGGGUACAACCAGACUUCUGAAUGCCAAAAUACUUAUAUGAAUGAUGUGCAAGACUGGUGUGUUUGGAGCCCUCCUGAGCCUGGUCCAAACUCUGUCAUUGGUGACACUGAGCAAAUAGAAGUGGCGUGGUGCAUGAAGAGUGGCUAUGGAACACGUCUGAUUCCUGAUGGGACGAUCACGGGAGCACACUUUGUUGUAACGCCCGACUACGUUCAGGUCACUGGUGUCGGUAAUCUAACUUAUCUCAACAUACCCAAUGGCGACGAGGGAGGAGAGCUGGAUCCUCACGGUGCCACUGGCAAUGGUAAUCCCAUCGGCGGACUUGUCUUUUCCAGUGCCUUUGGACAGAUAGAACAGAUGCACGAAUGGACGAAUUUCGUUUCAUAUAAUCAAUUCUGCUUCCGCGCCUGCAAGCCCGCCGUCGAUGCACCGACCCUAUG